AUAGCCCAGUGGAAACUAUUCACAGAAGCGCCCUCGUCCAAUAAAGGCUGGAAGGAACGAUGGUGCUAUGUUAAAAUUGCCGAGAGCCCAAUUCAGAUGGAACUUCGGGAUCGCUUCCGUCGGCAUCCGAAGGUUGGGAACGCUGCUCUGGAGAAGGAUGGCUUGAUAAUAGCCAAGAUCCCGGAGGGUCGUACGAAGCAAGUGUCCAUUAAGGACUAUACUGCUGACAAGGAGCUUUUCGCCCUCGGCUUCCGCAGAUAUCGCUUCCUCGGUGAGACAGACGAGAAGUAUCCUGUGUUGGACAAGGCUCUCGAGGGAGCAGGAGGUAGUAGCCGAGGGCUCCCUAUUUUGUACUUAGGAUUUUUUCCUCUUUUUUUGCGCUUUCUUGCCCUUCGGUCUAAUCCUUUUUUUUGUUGGCAGGUGUGAAUAUGGACGCUGGGAAGCUCUUCGCUUUGAAGAAAAAGAAGGGCAAGGCCCAAGCCUAAAAGAAGGACCCCUCGGUCCAGCAGCCUGUGGAAGCCUUCUUUCAGAAGGAGACUCCGGAGCCCUCUGCUGCGGAGGAAGUUACCGGGGUGGCCGAGGGGGCCACAAAAAAGAAGAAGGGCAGCAAGGCGGUUGAGCCCCCUGCCAAGAAGCAGAGGGGUACCAGGGGCACCGUUGGCCAGGAUGCCCCCUUGGUAAUCAUUGAGGAUCACCCUUCUCCGGAUCCCCCGGUUGGUGCUGCGGCGACAGCUCGGCCCGAUCUUCCCUUGGGAAGCCUCCCCGGGGAGAUUCUGCAGCUUUCCUUGGCCCCGGGGGCUUCUGUUCUACACGGCUCAACGGAGCCGAAGGCCUUCCUUAGGGGGAUCACCUCGGCAAUGGACAAGGCCGCCCUCUCGACUUAUGAUGAUGCAGCCCUCGAGAACAAGAUCCUUCGAUCUUCGUCAGCUGCUUGUGUAGCCCUCGGGGAGCACGCUCAGAGACUCGAGCAAUGGGGCUUUCAGAAAGCGGAGCAGGAUCUGGAAAUGAAGGAGCUUAUCCUGAAGAACUCUGAUGCUAUGAAGCAGAUGGCCUUGCUGGAGGAAGAUCUCCGGAAGCCUGCCGAAGGCGCUGAGCUGAGGGUCAAGGCUACUGUGGAGGAGGCCAGGCUCGAGGCCGAGAGGGCCGCCAAGAAAGCUGCCGAGGAGGCAGAGCUUGCCAAGGCCGAGGCCGUCGCCAAAGUCCGAGAGGAGGCUGUUGCCGCAUUUAUGGCCGAGGGCUGGAAAACCGAAGACAGGCGGCAGUGGGUGGCCUCGGUCGUGGAGUCUUCGGUCGACGACUGGGUGAAGUGCCCCGGGGCCGACUGGAUGGCAGAGACGGGCGACAGCUACUACCAGGGGGGCGAGUUCUUCACCCAACAUCUGGUGUACCGGAGGCUCGCCAGGCAUUUCAAAGUCCCCCUCGAGGAGUUCGACCCCUCGGCGUACGGCCUUCCCGCUUUGCAGCCAGAUGUAAGAAACCCCCUCCCCCCGGGCGAAGAGAGGCCUAUGAUCCACGACUCCAUGAUGAUGGGGGGAUCUGGUGACGGUGAUGCCGAGGCUGCCGUCGGGGAGGAGGUCACCUCGAAGCCUGCCGAUGAGGCAACAGCUGAAUGAAACAUUUGUACUUAGUAGCUUUUUGAACACCUCUCUUUGUAAUGAAUAUUGUACGCCCUCGGCCUCGGCCCAUUUGUAAUAUACGCUUGA